UGCUGCCAUAGCAACUCAGAAAGCGACAUGGCUGCCGCCGGCCUGGGACGAGGGUUUUUGAUACAGCCGGCGGCAGCCCUGCCCAAGUCACCGUCAUUUUCGCUACAGCCAGCUGCUCCCACCCGAGGGAAGCCUAAGAAAUGUCUGGUCUAUCCUCAUCCACCGAAGAGCUCCCGCCUGUCUCGGUCGGUUCUGCGCUGGCUGCAGGGCCUGGAUCUCACUUUCUUCCCCAGGAACGUCAACAGGGAUUUUUCAAAUGGUUUCCUGAUUGCAGAAAUAUUCACUAUAUAUUAUCCCUGGGACCUUAAAUUGUCAUCCUUUGAAAAUGGAACUUCUUUGAAAGUCAAGUUGAAUAACUGGGCACUGUUGGAGCAGUUCCUGGCAAGAAAAAAAUUUAAAUUAUCUAAAGAGCUAAUCCAUGGAACAAUUCAUUGCAAAGCUGGAGUACCUGAAAUCCUGAUUCAAGAGGUUUAUACCUUGUUAACACAUCGAGAAAUUAAAAGCAUCCAGGACGACCUCGUAAAUUUCACAGACUAUAGUUACCAGAUGCAUUUGCCCCUGGUUCCUCGGUCUACAGCUUCAAAGUCAAUUAAAAAUAACAUCAGGUUAUCCGAAAUGAUAAGCAAUCCCAACAUACUUAGCAAUGAACUUAAAGUAGAGUUCCUCUUGCUUUUACAAAUGUUGCAAAGAAAAUUGAGCAGAAAAUUGAAUCCAAAAUGGUUUGAGGUCAAACCAACAGUGGGAGAACUUACUCUCAGUCGUCUUCCUCCCCAAGUCUCUGGGUGCAAGCACAAGGCCAUGAUUUCAAGGGAAGGCGUUGCUCCUGUUUUACGAAAUACAGGUGCUGGUGGCAAUCCACUUAAGACGUGUGUGAAGCAAGCUGGAAGAUGUUCUUUUGAAUCUGCCAGGAAAUCUAUCAGAAACGAGGAAAAGUAA